UAAAAUGUUUUGUUGAUUUCUUUAUCUCAUUUUAAUUGGCGCCUUUUUUUUUUUCUUCAACAAUCAGGACACAGGUUUCCCUGCCAAAUGGACAAUCUCACAAAAGUAACAGAAUUCCUGCUCACAGGAUUUUCUGAUAUAUGGGAGCUCCAGAUAUUGUAUGCUGGGCUUUUUCUGUUGAUUUACCUGGUAACACUAUUGGGGAAUCUUCUCUUUAUGAUGGUCAUUACUCUCGAUCAGUGUCUUCACACACCCAUGUACUUCUUCUUGAAGAACCUCUCCUUUUUGGAUUUGUGCUACAUCUCAGUCACCGUGCCUAAGUCCAUCCACAGCUCACUGGUGCACAACAACUCCAUCUCUUAUCUUGGCUGUGUGGCCCAAGUCUAUUUUUUCUUUGCUUUUGCUUCUGCUGAGCUAGCCUUUCUCACCGUCAUGUCCUAUGACCGCUACGUUGCCAUUUGCCAACCCCUCCAAUAUGGAGCCAUGAUGACAUCAGGAAAAUGCCACCAGAUGGCAGCCAUAGCCUGGCUAAUUUGUUUUUCUUAUGCUGCAGUCCACACUGGCAACAUGUUUUGGGAGCCCAUUUCAAGAUCCAACAGAAUCCACCAAUUUUUCUGUGACAUCCCUCAUGUGCUGGCCCUCGUUUCCUGUGAGAUUUUCUCUGUUGAGUUUGUGACUCUGGCACUGAGCUCAUGCUUGGUCAUGGGGUGCUUUGUUUUUAUGAUCAUCUCGUAUUACCAGAUCUUCUCAACAGUGUUCAGGAUCCCUUCAGUAGAGAGUCGAGCAAAAGCCUUCUCCACCUGCUCCCCACAGCUAAUUGUCACCGUGCUCUUCCUCACCACAGGGCUCUUUGCUGCCUUGGGACCAAGUGACAAAACUUCAUCUAUUCAAGAUUUGGUGAUUGCUACAGCAUAUACUGUUUUGCCCCCCUUCCUGAAUCCUAUCAUAUAUAGUCUUAGAAAUAAGAAGAUCAAAGCAUCUAUGUGGAGACUAUUUGGAAAGAUAUAUCCUCUGCAAAAGUAGAAACGUCUUCUGGGUUUUACCAGUACAAGAUCUGUAUCAACAGUUCUUCUACAUACAAAGAGUUGUUUUGAAAUUCUCUACCUUUUUGAAUCUCCAAAACCAAUUAGAUAAUUAUCUAUUCAUACUAUGAUAGACCACAUUCAUAAAUUUGGGCCAGUAAGCUAUUUUUAAAGAUGCUGAUGAAAUUUUCCUCUUCUUUUUAAUGAUAAUUACUUUAUUUGCUUUUUCUGAACUUCUAUUAUGCACAUUUUUAAAUUUGUAUUUUCAUAGAAAAUAAUCCAUUUUUUUUCUGGAUUUCUGAAUGUAUUAGUUUCUGAAGUUAUGCCCACAACUUUACUUCUAAUACUUUAAAAUUUUGUGUUCUCACAUACUUCAUUGAUCAGGUUUUCCAAACCAUUUGGCUACUUAUUGAUAUUUUCACAGAAAUAUAUUUAAACAUUUUUACGCAUUUAUUUUUUUUAAUUUGUAUGCAGUAAAAUUCACUUUCUGAUGUACAGUUCUAUGAAUUUUUACAAAGUAAUGGAGUAAUUUAACCACUGUCACAGUCUAGAUACACAACAGUUGUGUCACCCCAAAAAAUUCCUUCAUGCUGCACAUCUGUAGU